CGGCCACCAGGGACAGCAAACAGGCAAGGCCAUAAUUAAAUAGCAACAAGGCACAAGGACUCGCAGUAGUCAUAAACAGGCCAAUGUCGCGCACAACCGGGGAAAGUCCGUCUACGGUGACGUGCCCCAGCUGUGGCAAGGAAGUCCUUCUCGAUGCAUUGAACGGGCACCUUGACUUGUGUCUCGAGACCAUUGAUGGAUCUAAGCCGGAUCCAUCUCCGCCGUCCGUAAAUAGAUCCAGCCAGGAUGCCAACGGUACGUGCCGAAUACCGGGAAUUUUUGGAGGGCGAGGCAAUAGGGCUCCAACUGCAGCGCAACCUUCUGCUCAGAGCUCUUCCAAGCGCGGGCACGACGGUGAAGCUGAUGCUCCCAACCGAGGCACCAAAAGGCCGACUUUCCGGUCUGUUGAUGUGAACUCAAGUAUUGAACCGCUUCAGCCAGGUGCAAGCACCAGCAAGGUCGGGCCACCCCCUUUAAAUCAGCCGAAAUUGGCAGUUAACAGCUCCAAACAGCGCAUGAUUGAUGCGCAGCCGCUCGCAGAGCGCAUGCGCCCGACCCAUCUGGAUGAAUUCACGGGUCAAAUGGAAGCAGUCACUGCGCUCAAAGGGUUGAUGAGGCAACGCAGACUCCCGUCCAUGAUCUUCUGGUCGCCACCUGGAACGGGCAAAACGACUCUGGCGCGUGUGUUGGCAAACGAAAUGUCUGCUAUGGGGUUGCCGUAUCGCUUCGUCGAAGUUUCUGCGACGACUACUCAUACGAAUGAUAUCAAGAAAAUAUUUGAUGAGUCUGUGAAUAGGCUGCAGUUGUCCGGCCAGCGUACCAUCCUCUUCGUGGAUGAAUUUCAGCGGAUCAACCGUGGGCUGCAAGAUAUUUUCCUGCCAGCAGUCGAGAGUGGACGCAUCACACUGAUCAGUGCAACGACCGAGAAUCCAUCAUUUCGAAUCGUCGGAGCACUGUUAAGCCGAAUGAGAGUACUUGUGCUCAAAAAGCUCAGCGGUGAAGAUCUAUUCAAGAUACUCGUGAGAGCUCGUGACAAAGCCUUUCACCUCGGUAUCGCACUGGGCGCGGUCAGCGCCAACGCUGUCGCUCCUUCAGAUCCUGUAUCUACGACUCGAAAAACGCGGCCACGAGACGAAGUUCUCCGGUAUAUCGCCGCAAAUGCUGACGGUGACGCGCGCUCAGCUUUGAACAGCCUUGAACUGGCCAUGGCAGUCACGCAAGAUUCAGACGAAGAAGAGGAUCCACAGGCGACAAUUCAGCGACUAAAAGGCGCCGUGCGAUCUGCAUUGCAGUACGAUCGCAGCGGCGACAACCACUAUGACACCAUCUCUGCCCUUCACAAGUCAAUAAGAGGGUCGGACGCCAAUGCGGCCAUGUACUGGCUCGCACGUAUGGUGGAGGCUGGAGAUGACCCGCUUUACAUCGCUAGAAGGCUCUUGGUUGCAGCCUCGGAGGACUGCUGCGGAAACCCGCAGGCAUUACAAAUGGCAACAGCAACGUACAUGGCAGUGCAGGUCGUCGGGUUGCCAGAAGCCUCUGAGAACCUUGCGCAAUUGGUUCUGUAUCUAGCCGAAAGUCCGAAGGAUACUAGAGCUUACAGAGCAUGGCAAAGGGCCAGUCAGGCAGUCAAAGACGAAGCAAGCUAUCCGGUACCUCUUCACAUACGCAACGCUCCCACAAAGCUCAUGAAAGAUCUGGACUACGGAAAGGAGUAUCGCUAUGAGCCCCGUUACCUUCAUCCUAUCGUGCAAUCCUUCCUGCCUCCUGAAUUACAGUCACGCCGAUUUGUUUCUCCAGAACCAGGAGCAACAUUACUGCAGGGAGAAGGCAAGGGCAGGGGGAAUGCGGCGGUCAUGCCCUCGGCGCCGAUAGUGUUGAGGGCACGGGACGGUACUGGGCCUGCCGCUUGUCAGCGCAUCUUUGAAGCAGGCAGCCGCGUGGUUGACCUUGAUUUGCUCGAGGAAUGGGAGCGAGAGAAGAACGAUGGGCAUCCUUGGGAGGGAAGGAAGCAGCUCAUUGGCCAAAUCGCGCUUCCCACCCAGAGAGAUGGGGAUUCAUGACUCAAAUGCAUGUUUCCGAAUGUCCUUUUUUCUCGUCACGUUACAUGACUGACGUCACCUAAACCUUCUCAGACUGCUCAGCUGGUGGCUCCCAUCGAACGCUCCAUUGAUCGUAUGGGGCGAAUCGAUCGACAGCAAAGUAGUCCGGCAGAUAUCGCGGGAAGUACAUGUGCUGGUUGUACACCAUCGCUGUCGGCGCGUAGAAAUGCCACGGGUAUCUGUUAAAGGAAAUGGUCAAUCAGUUCCAUUGCAGGUUGAGGCGCGUGCUUGAACACUCACUGCCAGGAGAGCGGCAGACUGUCGUUGCUCAUCCUUUGCGGACGGGGGUCCGUAUCCGGAUCCAGCUGGUAGCCGAUCGGUGGGAUUCGCAGCUUGAUUGUCUGCAGCUCUGUGUCGGAUACGGUGAAUCGACUGACUCGCACAUAGCCGACACGCUCAAGCGCACGGAAGCCGAUGUAUUCGCACCAUCGAUCCAUAUCGGUCGGG